ACAAUUUCUCUCGAACAACAAAUAUGAGAAUAAUGUAUUGGUUCCUUGUUUUGUUUCUCAAUCUCACAUAUGGUAGUGUUUUAGAUGCUAGCCAUGGUAAAACACUUCCUUCUACUGUUGUGGUUGGCACUGUUUACUGUGACACGUGUUUUCAACACACUUUCUCCACAAGAAGCCAUUUCAUUUCAGGUGCCCUAGUAGCUGUAGAAUGCAAAGUUGGGGAUUCAGUGCCAAGUUUCAAUAAAGAAGUGAAGACAAAUGAGCAUGGUGAAUUCAAAGUGGAGGUACCAUUAAAAGUGUGGAAACAUGCAAAAAGAAUCAAGGGAUGCACUUUCAAAUUGAUAAGUAGCAGUGAGCCUCAUUGUUCUGUGGCCUCCGUUGCUACCUCUUCUUCAGUGAGCCUCAAGACAAGAGAGCAAGGGGAACUCAUAUUCUCAGCUGGAUUGUUCUCAUUCAAGCCUACCAAAAAGCCAAACUUUUGCAACCAUAAACAAAGUGUUCCAAACUCCAAGGCACAUGUGAAAAAUGAAUUUCCUCCAAAUACAAACCCUUCAACAUUAGAUAAAAAAUCAGCUGAAGAUACCUUUUUCCCAUUCCCUCCAAUUCCAUUUCUACCUCCAAUCCCUUUUCUACCUCCACUCCCAUUCCCAUUUCCUCCAUUUCCAUUUCCAUUCCCACCCCUAUCCCCACCCCCAACCCCAACCCCAGUCCUCCCUCCAACCCCACUCCCAGCACCACUAAACCCACCACUUCCAGCACCACUUAGCCCACCACCAUUGCCACCACUAAGCCCGCCACCAUACACCUCUCCAUGGCCACAACUAAGCUCACCACUGCGCAUCCCCAACCGAGUCUAGCUGCCAUGCCCAUCGCAAAUUUCCCCCAAGCCAUUUCAUCCUCCUUGAUUAAGUAGAAUACUUGUGGGAAAACUAGUCAAUUUGUUUAAGGUUAUUAAUAAGUACUUGUAGGAUGGAAUCAAAUGAUAAAAGUUUUUUUUAGUAAAA